AUGGUCGACACUGCUGACCACGAGGAUCGUGCCAUGGGCCGCAGAUUGUGCGACCUGGUUUCCGCAAUUUUCUAUGCAGCACACGGUCACCUGCGACAUCAAACUCGAGCCGCUUCUGAAGAAGGCAGACGGUGGUGUCUGUCCCCCUCACGAGUGUCCUCGACCGACUGUGCUGGUUAUCGCGCGAGAGGAUUCAGAGGACAUCGACGAAGAGGAGUGGAAGCAAAGAUCAGACAAGCGCUCGAAGGCAGUCGCCCAGUGCAAAGCCCUGCCCGAGUAUCAGAGGCUCAAGCAGCUUGGGAGCUCCAACGAGGAGCCAAGGACGCCGAAUGCGUUGGAUCGUUCGCUCAGCAAGAGGCGGUGGAAGUAUCUUCUCCAGCAGUGGCGUUCCGAGAUUCAGAAGCUUGCCACCGAGCAUGUCGAGUGCGACAUCAUGAUAAUGAUCUGCAAUCGGGCGGUGUGUUCCAUCGGCGGCAUGGGGUUAGUUGCUGA